GGCUGGCUGGGAGCCUGGCUUUGCGCGCAACUGGUGGCGGGGUCCUCCUUCUCCUCCUCGUCCGGGCGGGGUAGUAGUCACGCCCGGCGGUGGCGGCUCCUGCACAGUGCCGAGGCCGGCCAGGCGAAGUUGGGCAGCGGCGAGGAGGGGCGGCGUUGCUGCUGCUGCUGCUCCCUCUUCCCAGUAUGCCGGCGUCUCCCCAGUUGCCUCGGCGGCGGCGGCAAGCGGGAGGCAGGCAGCGGCAGCCGAAGAAGCGCGUGUGAGCGACCGGAGAGCUCCUCUCCACUCACAAGGAUGCUGGGGGGCGAUGCCUGGCGGCAGGGAGGACGAGAUUUGCCAGAAAGCGCUGAAGCUGCUGGUCGAGCUCUGCUCCGACGGGACGGUGGAGAACGACCGCUGCCUCGAGUUCAACUACUACCUGCGGGACAGCGGCAGACCCCGGCCCACAGACUCCGAUAUCACGGUGAGUUUACUGUCCUUAGUUGUCACAGCAUGUGGACUUGCUUUGUUUGGGGUGUCUCUGUUUGUGUCCUGGAAGCUGUGUUGGGUUCCUUGGCGAGAACGUGGCCUGCCUGGAAACAAAGACAAGCAGGAGUCCCUGAACUAUACAGACACAGAGACCAAUGACCACGAGUAUAGCGAGGAUUACUUGGGACAACCUACCACCUACCCCGACUCUUCCAUGAAGAUUAGCCACACAUCCCCUGACAUCCCUUUGGACGCUAAGACAGGGACCAAGGAAAACUGUGUGCAUAAUGUUCGGAUGCAUCGACAGAUCACGGAGCCAACUCCUUCUGCACGGCACAAUUCAUUCCGAAGGCAGCUCAAUCUCUCAAACCCAGACUUCAACAUCCAGCAGAUCCAAAAGCAGGACCAGCUGACAGGGAUUGGGCGCAUCAAGCCAGAGCUGUAUAAACAAAGAUCGGUGGACACAGAUGAUGGGAGGAGGAACAAUAGCAAAUCUUGUGGGAAGCUCAACUUUAUUGUGAAAUACGAUUGUGACUUGGAGCAACUGAUAGUGAAGAUUCACAAAGCUGUCAACCUGCCAGCAAAGGACUUCUCUGGGACUUCAGACCCCUAUGUCAAGAUCUACUUACUUCCAGAUAGGAAAACAAAACACCAGACUAAAGUGCAUAGAAAGACCCUGAACCCAGUGUUUGAUGAAGUUUUUUUAUUUCCUGUUCCUUAUAAUGAUUUGAGCACGAGGAAACUCCACUUCUCCGUAUAUGACUUUGACCGAUUCUCCAGGCAUGACUUGAUUGGCCAAGUGAUAGUGGAUAAUUUUUUAGAGUUGUCGGACUUUCCCAGGGAGUGUAAUCUUUGGAAGGAUAUUGAAUAUGUCACUAAUGACAAAGUGGAUCUUGGCGAGUUGAUGUUUUCACUUUGCUAUCUUCCAACUGCUGGUAGACUAACUAUUACUAUAAUAAAAGCUAGAAAUUUGAAGGCCAUGGACAUAACAGGAGCAUCAGAUCCCUACGUGAAGGUUUCACUAAUGUGUGAAGGGAGACGAUUGAAGAAGAGGAAGACUUCCACUAAGAGGAACACCCUUAAUCCUGUUUAUAAUGAAGCCAUAGUCUUUGAUGUCCCUCCAGAAAACAUUGACCAAAUUAACUUGUUUAUAGCCGUUAUGGAUUAUGACCGUGUAGGUCACAAUGAGAUCAUUGGAGUCUGUCAAGUAGGCAACGAUGCGGAAAGCCUUGGGCGAGACCACUGGAACGAAAUGCUCUCCUACCCUCGGAAGCCCAUCGCUCACUGGCAUUUGCUUGCAGAGUGGGUUGGGCAAGGAACUGCAGCUGGAAGCAAGCCCGGGUCCUGCAAUUCUCUCAAAGGGCCUCCAUCUCCAUGAAGGGAAAUGAACUGUGUUACACCCAAAGGACUGUGAUGGGGUCUCACUCAGGAAGAAUGGGCAACAUGGAUGCACACCUCCACUGCUGAAUAAGCUAACAAAAACAACGCAGACAAGGCACGUAUAGAAGAUGGACUGUAAGCACCCAGGCUCUUUUUUUCCUCUGUUUUCCAUUUCCUCACUGUUUCUGUUUUCCUUUGGCCACUUCAGAGUGAAUACAGGUGUCUAACAAAUGGAAACACGCAACGGUGUGCUUGUAGCUGCUUGGAAAGCUGGCUGGCUUUCUUAUCUUGCCAGAUCAGGAGGCCUGUACCACCACACCUGAUCUGAGGAGGCGGGAGUGGUAAAAACCAUCGUGACGACAGCGCUCCUCAGGCAUUCUGCAUAGUCGUAAUGCACACACUUUGCUUCAUCACUUUCCACUCGAUGAUUUAAAUAAGUGUUUUAAAACAAGUGAGGAACCUCCAUGGGUAGAAGUAACUCCCUGGCUCAUAAAUGCACCAUCCAACUCACCUUUGUGUGAACCACUAAAGAGGGCUGAUAUGGGAGGAUGAAACACAGCUAGCUCACAAAGUGGUUACAAGCACACCAGGAUGCAAAUCAGUGAUGGGGAGCCCUCGGCCUUCCAGAUGAUGUUGGGUGCCCAACUUCCAUCAAACCAGUCAUGCUCAAGGAUUGUGGGAGUUGUAGUCCAGCAAAAUCUGGAGGGCCUCGGGUUCUCCACCCCUGAUGCACAGGGCACAUGACUCGGUUAACAGUAAUCUGUAUUCACCCAUAAUUAUCUCUCAAACUUGCAAUGUUUUAUUUGGUUGCAUGCUGGAUAGUCCUUCAUUUUUAUUUUUCUUAUUUAAGGCUCAUCACAAAAGUAUGUAAAGAGAUCUGUUGUAUUUAAAUAUGACUUUGCUUUGAUGACACACAGACAUUGUACUAUACUUUUAAUAUUUGUUGUUCAAUGAGUAGUCCUGGUACAUCUAUGUUCAAUGUCUAAUUUGGAGCGUAAACCCACAUCCUUGUCAAGGCUUUGUUAGUUUGGUGGACUUUUUUUCUCUUCGUUCAGUAGAGGUAAUGCAUGAUUGAUUUGCAGUAACAGUUUGAGGGGCAAAAUAAAUUUAACGUUUCUUAAUUUUAUAAAAAAAAGUAUAACAUUCUUAUAAACACCAGUAAAAUGUACUGUGGUUUCAUUUAUAUAGAUCUAGUCUGUACGAAUUAUUUUGUUCUUAAUAAAAUGACGUAAGAAAUUG